AUGCUAUACAAUGGGAGCUCUGCUAGGCUGCUGCUGAAGACUUUAUUACUCUGUCACUCUGCACCUCUUGACCCCUCAGCCCGUGUGCUGACGGUCAGAUUGGAUGAAAAAAAAGGCAGGGCGGUCACUCUCCACACCGCUCCAUUCUUCAUGCUAAUCAUUAUGAAUAAUACAUUUUCAUUUAUAGAGAGCUCUUCACUAACUCUGAGAGAGUUCGAGGUAGUUCAGAAUUGGUGAGCAGUGUAAGUACAUGUAUUCAAACAGUGUUGUUAGGGGAGAAAUUAACAAUAUGGACGUAGCAACAGAGAUGUUUGGUUCUUAUUGUAAGUGCCUGUUUCAACACAGUGCACAACAUGCAUGUUGCAUCAACCUAAUACCUAUUACACCAAUUGAUGCUGCUUAUACAUUUAUGCAAAGUCUAUCUAAAGUUUCUAAAGUCUGCACAAUUUCAAUUAGAAGUUGAAACAAUGGUUAAGUCAUAGAAAUCGACUGAUAGUGUAACAGUAAACUGGAACACCAUUUUAGAUUUUUCCACCACGUCACAUUGUCGUUGUGACUAUUAGACUGAAAUCCUCACUCCAAAUGAAGUUUUCACCUCACGUUUUUGACUGAAACCGACGUUUUUUCCCCCUGCGUUUACUGGCAAGAGAGCUGAGUGUCACCUCCUCUGACCAGCUCUCCAUACCUCUCUUUCUCCCCUCAAUGCUUCUGCCAGGCCUGUGGAAGCAAUGCAAUUAGACAAACACAAACACGACUUCAGCUCUUUAAACCACCAGGGAAAACGCUGACUGUCCACUUGUGUGAGGACGACUGAGGGAAGCUGCCAUUUUGACAUUAGCUACACUUUUGUGAUAAUUUUACCAGUUUUUGCGUAAAUGUUAAACUUCUCUGCGUCAAACUUCCUUUACUUUAGUCUUACAACAUUCUAUCAACGAGCUUUCAGCAAAAUAUAAAUAGUAUAGGGACAACAUAUUAAGAAUUUACCUCAUGUUUUUACUGUAGUUAAUUUAUGUAAGGACUUUCCAGAAUUACUAUGGGGUUCAUGUUGGCAUUUUGUUUGACUGACUUUAGUACUUUGGGUUUAAUCCUGCUGGUUUGGGGAGUGUUUGAGUUGGAUUACUUAAUCGCGGCCUGGGUAGUGUGGUUCAGUUCUGGCUCGGAGGAGGCGGGGAGGCAUGUGGGGGCGAAAAGAGGGGUGUUCCUCAAUACUGAAUCAGCCGAAACCAACAGACAUCAGAGUGGUAACGCGGUCCAAAUCCCUCUGCAUGCAAAUUAAAAAAGGCAACAAUAAACGUGGCAGAGGAACAAGGUGGGCUCUCUGUCCCUCUCUCUCCUUCUUUCUCACUCUCUAUCUCUCUCUUCCUUGUUCUUUCCCCCUCUCUCUUUCCCUCUCUCUCUCUCCCUCCCUCGCUCCCGGCUUUCUCCAAAACCCUCCUGGGUUUGAUGUGGCUUAGGGGAGGAGUUGGAACAGGGGACAACAUAAAUGCUGAGUUAUCUCUUGCAUGCAGUGUGGUGGCGUGGCUCUGCCCCUGUGUGUGUGUGUGUGUGUGUGUGUGUGUGUGUGUGUGUGUGUGUGUGUGUGUGACCAGCGCAGUGUAAUCCUGUGGAAAUGAAAGGUGCUGCCGCACACUGGGUGGGAGAUUACAGCACUGCUCUGUCACGCUGCCAGGACAGACUACCGGCUGAACAGCUUCACUCGCUCUCCCUUCACUCCUCUUUAACUCCCUCUCCCCUCCCUCCCUCUCUCCCCCUCUCUCUCUCUCCUCUCUCUCUCUCUCUCUCUCUCUCUCUCUCUCUCUCUCUCUCUCUCUUUCUCUCUCUCUCUCUCUCUCUCUCUCUCUCACACACACACUCACACUCACAUUCUCGCCCUCCUGCAAUGAAGCUGCUUUCCCUCCCUCCAUCCUGCCUUUCCACCCUUUACAGCUCUCUCUUAGCCACGGUCAUUUAAAAUUCACUAUUUUUCUGUCUGUUUCUAUUCCUUGCUUUCUCUCUCUCUCUUUCUCUCUCUCUAUCGCUCUCGCUCUCCCUUUCUGGCUCCCUCAUUCUCUACUCUUCAUCUCACACUAUUUUCUCUCACCCUCUGCUUCAGUUCUGUCAUGGUGAUCCUCCCCCUGCCCUGCCCUCACACGGCCCAGUUGAGUUCCCUCCACAUUUAGUGCUGUAUAACUGAGUCACAGGACCUCAUCACAGAGCUCCAUAGAUGGGCUCCGUCUCUACUGUACUGUACCGCUCAGUCACACACACACACACAAGCUCCCUUUGACUGGGGCUUCUCAGAUACAUGCUCUGUGUAAAUUCAUAUUGUGUAGCUACAGUCCUCUAUGGCCCACAGUCCCAUCUCUCAUGGCCCUCUGCUGGGCUAGAUUAUAAUGUUUCAUGUAAACUGUUAAAUGGGUUCUUCAUGUUGUGCUACAUACUAUGAAUACUACAUACAUGUGUAUGUUGUCAUACCUAAUGGUCACAGAAUGUGCUCUUCUGCUGCCCUUGGAAUUGUAUUAUAUUGGCAUGUUACAGGAAUGGGCUGAAAGUUAUAGCUAAGGGUACACUCUCCGCCCCUGGUUAGGGCUUUCUUUCUGUGUGAGUACAGCAGUUGAAUGGAGGGUUAGGCUAAACCUCUCUGUUGUUUUCUUUCUGUAUAGGGCUGGCUGUGUGAGCUUCUGCGCUGGAAGGAGGACCCCAGCCCGGAGAACCGUACGCUGUGGGAGAACCUGUCCAUGAUCCGCCGCUUCCUGAGCUUGGCCCAGGCAGAGCGUGACGCCAUCUACGAACAGGAGAGCACGGCCGGCCAGCAGCAGCACCACGCCGACCGGCCCUCGCACAUGAUGCACAUCUCCACUGACCCCAUGCAGGUGAGGAGGCAAAGACAUGCACAUUAAUACAUACAUUAAUACAUACAUGCACACACACAAGCGCAUAAAUACACAUUGACAUGUACACACACAUACAUAUACGUACAUAUGUGCAGUGGACACAUGCAUAUCCAUUGAAGAUGAGAGGAGAUACACAGACACACACACACACACACACACACACACACACACACACACACACACACACACACAGACACACACAAGCACAGACACCAACUCUGAUGUCUGUACCCACAGAACCCAACUCUGAUGUAUAUGUCCCACACAGACCCACUACAGGUGAGAGAGAGAAUUUGUAUUCUUUCAUUUAUGUUGUGAUUUCAGUUAUACAACCAGUAUUAUCCCUUAGUUUUACAUUGUAAUUAUCUGGUUUUCGUAAUAACCAGCAGUUAGGGGACAUUUCUACAAAUGAGCUCUAUUAAUCACAAACACAGUAAUAGUCAAAGUUUGUGUUUUUGAUGAAAUACUAUAACAAAGUUACCCUUACUUUUAACUUAUCUAAGUUUUCCUUUUAAAAGGCAGCUAGCAAAUGAACACAGAAACCUGAGACUCACUUUAAACGUUUAAAACUGUGAAUUCUAAACAUAAAUACUUAUAUUAAACAUAGUGGCAGCUGAAUGGCUGAUCAGUUAUUUUGUUAGCCAGAAACAUAUGGCCAGUCCCAUACAAAAGCACCAGUGUAGAAAUACCGUAAUCAGAUUUUUCUCAUCGAGCCUAAUAUCAGAUAAAAAAUGUGGGAUACUUCUCAGAAAAGUUAACUGCUAAUGGAAUAUAAAUUAUUUGGCUUCUGUCACGCCCUGGCUCUGGGACUCUGUUAUGUUGAGCCAGGGUGUGUGGUUUCUAUGUGUUUUGUGUGCUAGGGUGAUUGUCUAGUUUGUUUGUUUCUAUGUUGGCCGGUGUGGUUCUCAAUCAGAGGCAACGUGAAUCAGCUGUUGCUUGUUGUCUCUGAUUGGGAACCAUAUUUAGGUAGCCUGUUUUUCCGCAGUGUUUGUGGGAUCUUGUUCCGUAUGGUUUGUGUUGUAACCAAGGACUUCACGUUUCGUAUCGUUUGUUGUUUUGUUUGUGUGGUGAAUAAUAAAUAAAGUAUGUUCACAUUCCACGCUACGCAUUGGUCCACUUCUUCUCAAGACGACGUGACAGAAGAUCCCACCAUAACUGGACCAAGCAGCGUGUCCAGGAGCCAACGCCAGAGGUGACUCUGAAGGAUAUCAACCUCGACUGGGUCAAGCCGCGGGAGGAGGAGAGAGGCUGGACUUUGGAGCAGAGGAGCGAGAGUCUGGCGAGAGCCAUGGAGGCCUGGCCCACGGGGAGGAGAGACGCCCAGAAUUUUUUUAGGGGGGGGGCUCACGCCGUGGACGACGGGGCAGCAGGAGGCCGGGAUAGAGUGGUUCAGCGGGUUGGCAAAGGAGGCCGCCAGGUUACGGGAGUCACUGGUCACCAGGGGGAAGGAGAAUGUAGAGGCACGGCGAGAGGUACUGGGGUGUGUUGCCAGUCCGGUCCGGCCCGUUCCUGAUCCCCGCGUAGGGCCAGUGGUGUGUGUCCCCAGUACGGUCCGGCUUGUUCCUGUCCCUCGCACCGAGCCUGUGGUGCGCGUCGCCAGCCCGGUCCGGCAUGUUCCUGCCCCUCGCACCGAGCCUGUGGUGCGCGUCGCCAGCCCGGUCCGGCAUGUUCCUGCCCCUCGCACCAAGCCUGUGGUGCGCGUCGUCAGCCCGGUCCGGCCUGUUCCUGCUCCCCGCACCAAGCCAGUGGUGCGCUUCGUCAGUCCGGUUCAGCCCGUCCCUGCUCCCCGCACCAAGCCUGUGGUGCGCGUCGUCAGCCCGGUCCGGCCUGUUCCUGCUCCCCGCACCAAGCCAGUGGUGCGCUUUGUCAGCCCGGUUCGGCCCGUCCCUGCUCCCCGCACCAAGCCAAUGGUGCGCGUCGUCAGCCCGGUCCGGCCCGUCCCUGCUCCCCGCACCGAGCCUGUGGUGCGCGUCGUCAGUCCGGCACAGCCCGUGCCUGUUCCACCGGUGCCUGGUCCGGCACCGGUCAGCUGCUCCACUCCGGAGCUAGAGCAAUCCGCUCCACCAGUGUUCAGUCCAGCUCCGGCCAGCAGGGCCAGACCGGACCAGGGGCGCUUUGGGGGGUUGGUUGGAGGGUGGGGGUCAAGCCCGGAGCCGGAACCGCCUCCGAGGAGGAAUGCCCACCCGGCCCUCCCCUGUUCGGUUUAUGUUUGGCACGGUCGCAGUCCGCGCCUUUGGGGGGGGGUACUGUCACGCCCUGGCUCUGGGACUAUGUUAUGUUGAGCCAGGGUGUGUGGUUUCUAUGUGUUUUGUGUGCUAGGGUGAUUGUCUAGUUCGUUUGUUUCUAUGUUGGCCGGUGUGGUUCUCAAUCAGAGGCAACGUGAAUCAGCUGUUGCUUGUUGUCUCUGAUUGGGAACCAUAUUUAGGUAGCCUGUUUUUCCACAGUGUUUGUGGGAUCUUGUUCCGUAUGGUUUGUGUUGUAACCAAGGACUUCACGUUUCGUAUCGUUUGUUGUUUUGUUCGUGUGGUGAAUAAUAAAUAAAGUAUGUUCACAUUCCACGCUGCGCAUUGGUCCUCUCUUCCCGACGAUCGUGACAGCUUCAAGAAAAAUGCCUCAAUACUGUAAUACAUAGAGGAACUACUAACACUUGCACUUCAUAGUGUUUAUUGGUGUUCAUGUUGAAACUCUGUCAACCCAGGUCAGUCGAUUGAUUAAAAAGCUUGUUCUCAAGAGAGACCUGCUGCAAAACAGUGACGCACAGACGUAGAGAGAAGCCAGCACUCAUUGGCUAACCCGCCCUUAUUAAAGCUCCCUAUAUGUGUGUGUUCUAGUGUUAAAUGGGAUCUUUGAGUGAAGCUGUGCAGCUGGCCGAUAAGCUAUCUGUAAAGUGCUGUGUUUUCUAAACUUCAUUACCAAACUCCAAUUGGAGUGGGUCUGACUCAGGAAGAAAAACUUUGUGUGUUCAAUAAGGAGAACGAGUUGCCCACUCAACAAUCUCUCCACGCAAACAAUGAGACAUUUUAGGAGUAAUGUGUCAUGUGUUUACACUAGCGGGAUACCGACGGCAAAGCAAAGCCAUCGUUAGCAUUCUCACACCCAUGGCAAUCGGCGGCGAUCGCGUUUUGAAUUGUACACACAUUGAGUUUGUUUAUCGCGGUCUGGCAAUAUCAUUUGAAUGGGGUCUGAUAAGCUCGAUAGUACCAACCAGAAUGCACAGUUUCCGUGUGAAUUCUCAGUGUCUCAGUGUCUGUGUACGUGUUUGCAUGCGUGUGUGUCGUGUAUGUGUGUGUGUGUGCAUGUGUGCACGCGCAGGUUUAUAUGUGAAUGCUGGUAACUCUACCCCACAAUGAAAGACACAAUUUCCACAUGAAAAUAUCUCAAGAACUGAUUACAUUCAAUAAGAUAUUACAUGGAAAUUCCUCCAGCGGAGCGCCUGUUCUAUACACAGUGGGACCAUUUUUCUACACAACUCAAUUGAUUUGAAUGAAAGGCCUUAUUAAGUCACCGAUAAGUGUUCACUGAUAACAUCCCGUCUCUUGUCCCCCCCCCCCCCCCCUUUUUCCAUCACAGUCUCAGACCCAUCAACCGCCCCAGCCACAGCAGCAGCAUCAGCCCCCCAUGUCCCUCCAGCACCCCUCCCAGCCUCCACUGUCCCAGCAGUCCAUGCAACAGCAGCAGCAGCAACCACCAAUGGGCCCCCGGCUGCCCCCUCGCCAGCCCUCCACCGCCUCCCCAGCAGAGACAGAGGACGAGGGCCACGGCGGCGGGGGCACCAAGGCUCGCUCCGGCGGGGGCAAGAUCUCCCUAGAGGCCCUAGGCAUUCUCCAGAGCUUCAUCCAGGACGUGGGGAUGUACCCAGACGAGGAGGCCAUCCACACCCUGUCGGCCCAGCUUGACCUGCCCAAGCUCACCAUCAUCAAGUUCUUCCAGAACCAGCGCUUCUACGUCAACCACCCGGCCAAGCCGCCCAAGGAGCCCAGCAAUAGCAGCAGCAGCAGCCCGGCCUUCGAGGAGGAGCUGUCGGACUUCAGGGAGGGCAGCGCCGAGCUGCUGAAGGAGCUGGAAGAGAGAACACAGACCAACAGCACCAUCUUCUCCAUCAAGAUCGAGGAGCACCUGGCCCGCGCCGAGCCCCACUCAGAGUCUGACCACGAGGCCAAGGAGUAG